UUCACCAAAGAAAUUGGAAACGAAUCAAUUCCUCGUAGAAUCGCAUAUUUAGCGCCAUCGAAUCUACCACAGCGUGCGUGGAAACCCUAGCAGUAGAAAUUUACUCCCGCUUCUGGAGGGAAGCAGUGCUCUAAUGGCUGAAGACGACGGCGCUGCCGAACAGUUGACGACUGAGAUGGCAGUGGCAUCCCUCGCCGAUCCGGUGCUAGAGCAAUCCCAUGGACGCGUUUUCAUCAAAACCAUAUUAAACGGCACCGCCGUCGGCCGGCGGGUUGUCGUCGGUGGAUGGGUGAAGACGGGACGAGAGCAAGGGAAGGGCUCCUUUGCGUUUUUGGAACUGAAUGAUGGUUCGUGUCUCGCUAACCUUCAGGUUAUAGUGGACGCGAGUGUAUGUUCUCUUGCGUUGCUCACGCCGACGGGAACUAGCGUGCUGGUCGAGGGCGAGCUGAAGAAGCCGCCUGAGGGUGUUAAGCAGAGCGUGGAGCUUAGGGUGGAGAAGGUCCUUGAAGUAGGGCUUGUCGAUCCAGCUAAGUAUCCGAUUCCAAAGACCAGGCUUACCCUGGAGUUCCUGCGUGACUUCGUCCACUUCCGUGCAAGAACUAAUACGAUAUCAGCAGUUGCAAGGAUUAGGCAUGAGCUGGCUUAUGCUACCCACACUUACUUUAGAGAAAAUGGAUUUCGCUAUGUCCACACUCCAAUAAUCACUACUAGUGAUUGUGAGGGUGCUGGUGAAAUGUUUCAAGUGACAACUCUUUUUAGUGAAGCUGAAAAGAUAGAGAAAGAGCUGAACCAAAAUCCUCCGCCAAAAGAAUCUGAUAUUGAGGCUGCCAAACUUACCGUGAAGGAGAAAGGAGAGUCAGUUUCCCAACUAAAAUCACUUAAAGCAAGCAAGGAGAAAAUCGUAGGUGCUGUAUCUGAAUUGACAAAGGCAAAGGAAAAUUUGGCUAAAUUGGAGGAGAGGUUCAACAUGAAAGGUGGAAUCCCUCAUAAGGAUGGAAAAAUAGACUAUGUUCAUGAUUUUUUUGGACGUCAAGCUUUUCUUACUGUGUCGGGGCAACUCCAGGUCGAAACUUAUGCAUGUGCGAUGGGUAAUGUUUACACAUUUGGUCCAACUUUUAGAGCUGAACAUUCUCAUACUUCAAGGCAUUUGGCAGAAUUUUGGAUGGUUGAACCUGAGAUAGCUUUUGCAAAUCUAGAGGACGAUAUGAAUUAUGCUGAAAGUUAUGUUAAGUUUCUAUGCAAAUGGUUGCUUGACCACUGUCUAGAAGAUAUGGAGUUCAUGGUUAAGAAUGUUGAUAAAACAGCAAUAGAACGCUUGAAGCUUGUCUCGUCAACGCCAUUUGAACGAAUUUCUUAUACAAAAGCUGUACAACUAUUGGAAAAUGUUACAGACAAGCAAUUUGAGAACAAGGUUGAAUGGGGUGUUGAUUUGGCAUCCGAACACGAAAGGUACUUGACAGAGGCAGUAUUCAAAAAGCCCGUCAUUGUUUAUAAUUAUCCCAAAAGCAUUAAGGCAUUUUACAUGAGGCUGAAUGAUGAUGGCAAAACUGUGGCAGCUAUGGAUGUUCUUGUGCCUAAAGUUGGUGAGUUGAUUGGGGGGAGUCAAAGGGAGGAACGGUUGGAUGUGCUUAAACAGAGAAUUUUGGAGAUUGGUCUGCCACUCGAGCCAUAUGAAUGGUACCUUGAUCUUCGCCGCUUCGGCACCGUUAAACACUGUGGAUUCGGACUUGGAUUUGAAAGAAUGGUUCUUUUCGCCACCGGACUCGACAACAUCAGAGAUGUCAUCCCAUUCCCUCGCUAUCCUGGUAGGGCUGAUCUCUGAAUGCUGCUUGCCUUCCCUUCCUGUUUCCAGGCUUGUAUCCUUCUCUCCUCAUCGAGCUUUAGUUUUGGCCACUUACGUAUAUAAUUUAAAAUUUAUUGGAGUGUAAAAUUUAAAAUCAUAGGCAAAGCUUAGUUUCAUUGGCAUUUCCUCAUAAUUUAUUUUUCAUUAUGA